CGCCGCCAUCUUCUUCUCCCGCUCUCGGACUCUCUUCUGCGCCUUUUCCUCCUUCGAGUCCGUCUCCUGCGUGACUCCUUCUGGCGACAGCAUCGACAACCUCGCCACCGAAUUCGGAUCUCUCGGCGUGCCCUGGUGCAGAUGAAAACAUGGAAAGACAGUGGAAGGGACUUCAAAGGAUCUGCUCAAAGGCUUGGAAGAAUUUGCGCCAAUAUAUGAAACCCAUCCAAUCAAGAAUAACAAGUAUGUGAUGGGCUUCGACCGCAGUUUCGGGCUAUGGUUCAUGAUGUGCUGGGAUCUGAUAAUAGAAAGUGGCUUUUUCAAGGGGCACUCCACAUGGGUCCUAUGAUAGGCGAUGCCGGAGAAGCUGAUCAUAUCCCUUUCCCCUCACCACCCAGAGAAGUAUUUGAGGAAGGGGCCUGCCUAUGUGGAUAAGAGCUGCAUAUAUUUUGAGGAGUAUUUUCUGGACUUUGGGAGUGUUGAUUAGGGAAGCAUCAUGGAAAUACACGAGAUUUCAGAUCUCAGUCCGGUUCUUCUGAAUGAUCAUCGAAGCGGGUUGAAAAGAUUGAAGCAGGCUCUGAAAGCUGGCUUUCAGCAUCUCAUAUUCGAGGACAACUAUGACACUGGUACUGGUGACCAUUAUUCCUGGAGGUAGAUCUGUGAUCAGUUUUUUAUCAGAGGUGGUGGGCACAGCUUCUUUAGGGAUGGUGAUUAAGCUAGGAUAAGAACGAAAAGGAAAAGGUUCUGGGAGAAGGCUGUAGGCAUAGAUGAUUGAUGUGGGAUGGGUGAAGCAUGGUGGGGUAUCAGAGGGCACAUGCUUGAUGUUUUUUACCGCAGCAGUAAGGCCACAUCAUAUGCAGAACAUUUUCAGAAUAGCAGGUUUGUGGAGUCAGUGUUCGAUGUCUAUUGGGAGUUCCCACCAGUGGCUGGUCCCUCUCAUCAAACAAGGUAUGACCCUGCCCGUGCUCCUGAUCCAAUCAUUGAAGAAGGCAGAUUUGGCGUCUUCCAAAGGCUUGGUCUAACAAGGUUUGAAGCUUUUGUAUUCAAUGGAUACACUCAAAUGGCCUAUCUUCAGAUAUCUGCCCCUACCUCUUGACUCUUGAGUAACUGUAGAAAAUCUUUAAUAUCUUCUCUUCUUCUGGAUAAUUCAGGUAUAAAUGGAAUCAAAGAUUUGUUCGAUCUACUUCAGAGUUUAAUCUUAGUUUGUGCAUUUUCUAUUUUGAAUUUUGUAUAUAUUUUAAGAUCUUUGAGGGAAUAUAUGCUUCCACAAUCAUUUCUGGAUU